AUGUCGGUGACAGGGUCAUCACGCAUCAAGAUCGUUGCUCUCGAGGCCCAAUUUGGCCCAAUUCCAGAAUUCGACGGCUUCAAUGGGGAAUACGACAUCACAAUUUACGAUCAGACCCCGCGCGACGAUGUGAAAGUACUGAAUGAGAGAAUCCGCGAUGCGGAUAUCGCAAUCAUCACGACCAUGCCUCUGGCGGCGGCCACAUUGUCCGCCGAGGUCACACCAAGAUUACGCGCCAUCAUGAUCAUGGCAGCCGGGACAGACCACGUCGACUUGGAAUACUGCCGAAACCGUGGAAUCCGCGUGUUAAACAGUCCCAGGGCGAACACCACAACUGUUGCGGAGCACGCCAUCGCCUUGUAUUUCGCAACCAGGAGGUGCAUAGUGCAGACGCAUAUCCGGACGGUCGAUGACCAAUGGCCAAAGAAGCGGACGCUGCUGAGCUCACUGCGAGAUAGAGACAACAACCUGCCACUCGGAGUGAAGGACGAGGUUGUAGGAAUCAUCGGCUAUGGUGGUGUCGGUAAACACAUCGCGAAGCUCUGCCUUGCCCUUGGAAUGACCGUUCUGAUUGCCGACCGCAAAACAAGCAGUACGCAACAAACAACGCCAUCUGCCAGCGGCUCCGAUGGCAUGUCCAGAUCUUCAUUCGCGGACAUCUUAGCCAAAUGUACCGUGAUCUUUGUAGCCAUACCUAGAUUGCCAACCACACUCGACACGAUCUCCGAGGCAGAGCUGGCCCAGAUGAAUUCACGUGCGGUGCUCAUCAACGUCAGUCGUGGAGGUAUCGUCAACGAGAACGACUUGUUGAGUGCGCUACGAACCCGCCAGAUUGCCGGUGCUGCGACGGAUGUAUUCGUGACUGAGCCGGCGUCGACGGAGAAUUCGGUGCUCCUGAAGGCCCUCGCGGACGAGUCCGCGAGAGAAGACGGCGAAAAGCUACCGCUGGUGGUGACGCCGCACACGGCGUGGUAUAGCGAAGUCACGAUGGAAAAUCUCGUUCAAGAUGUGAAAGACAAUGUCAUCGGCUGGAGUCGUGGCGUUUUACCGCCGGAGAAUCUCAUAGUAUGA